AUGUCGGUUUAUCCUCCGUCGCCGGCGAUGAUAUAUAAUGGCACACCGGACAAACGGAAGACGAAACGACCGCCGAAUGUCGGGUCAAGAGAACUGUCGAAUCAGGAGAACGAGAUGUUUUUCCAAUUAAUCGGGCCCGACGCGGUUUCGCUGACCGCCGCCAUCGUGCAACUCCUGAAAUCGGAUCGUGGUUCGUGGCAGAUCGAGUUGCCGCAUGGUGUGAUAUCGCUAGUCAAAGAUUACGCGCACCGCGCCUACUUCAUUCGCAUAUUCGACAUUCUUGAAGAGCAAAUGGUCUACGAGUUCAAAUUGUAUAAAGGAUUUCAAGCAAAAUCAUUUCCUUCUUGCUCGAAACUAUUGGCGUACCAGCCGGAUCAGUAUGGCGAUGGACCGAUUGUGGGUUUGAAUUUCUACAGUGCUGCAGAAGCCGCGGAGUUUAAGGAGCACUUGGAUCGUCGUCAUGCGCAGGAGAAGAAGUCGUCGUCGGAUCGAAAUCAUCCCCAGAUUCCUUUAGCUCUCCCUGCGGCGUUGCAGCAGAAUUGA